AGUCCAAUACUGUGAACUAGUAGGUAAUUAUAAGAUCUAUUAGUGAAUGAAUAAUUUCAUUUGAUCUGGUGGUCGAAUAAAAAAUCGUCAUAAAAGAUUGUAGAUUUUCAUACAUAGGUAUAUUAUACAGUCAAUGGAAUUAUUUAUUUGGAGAUUUUGAUAGUUCGAACCAUAAAAACAUGUUCUCGAUUUUCUUGGCUUUCACGUUCUUCUGCUUAGGAUAUUCUUCAGCAGAUUAUGGCUGCCCUCCCAACGAAUUCUUCAAUGGUUGUGGUUCAGCAUGCACACCAACCUGUCAAAAGCCUCCAGCGGAAUAUUGCACCUUUAAUUGCGUACCUGGAUGCUACUGCGUGUCCAAUUUUAUCAGGGACGAAUUAUCAGGAAUGUGCGUUAAAUCAUGCCCAUGAGAUUCAAAUUGCUGAAGUUAUUGUUUGAUCUGAAUUGAUACACAGCUGUAAAAUACUGCCUGAGUUUAAAAGAAUAAAUUUCUGGUACAUUA